UAUAUCUUCACGUUUGGACAUGAGCGCAGAACCGCCAAGUCGGUAGCUUUGUCGCCUACAGAUCCCAGACAGCCCGAAAUCUCACAAUUUCUAAACGUUUCGAUCGCCAUUGUUUUUCGCUGCACAGUCCAAGACUCCAACACGCCAGUCGGCGGGCGACCCGAACAAAAAUGAGACCGCCCCACCAACACCACACCCCGACGCCCCAAGCGGGGACGGACCUCGUCGGCGAAAAGUACCACAUCAGGAGCCACGAGGUCAGCGACGACUACCUCGACGUCUACGUCGUCGCCGACGCGCACGGCGCGUGCUUCGAGGCGCAGGCCUUCGCGCCCGUCGGCGAGAUGCCGCGGGAGCGCGAGGGCCUCCGCCAGGCACGGCGGCGCCGCAUGCGGCGCAUCUGCCGCUCGCCCAACUUCGCCGACGAGUUCGAGCACGACGGGCGCCGAUUCCUCGUGUCGCGGGUCCAGCGGAGCGGCAAGGAGUGGACGGACCUGCAAGGGCUGGGUCGUCGGCACGGGCGCGAGUCCUCCCCGCGGGAACGGGGGCCCAAUGACGGAGAGGUGGCGAAAGUUUGCCCGGGCUCUGGUGGUUCCGGGACCGGACGGUGGCCGUUGAGCUAUGCGGAGGCGGCCGUUGCGAGGACUCCGGAGUAUCCGGGAGGCACGAACCCGCCGGCGGAGAGGAGGCGUGUGUGUUUGAGGUUGGGUGGCUCAAAAGGGUUCAAGUGAUGUAUUCGGUGAAAGUCAGACACCUCUGAGUACGAGCUACGCACUCUGCGUUUCAAAUCUCUCCUUAUGUUGGCGCUGGAUUAGCUACGGGGAGAAGCCGGGUGCGGAGCCCGGGAAAUGGGGACUGAAAGCGGCGGUGUGAACCCACCCGGCUUGCUGGGGGACGGUGCUUCCGGGGCCGUGCAUCGGCGUGUUUCUCCGUCCACCCAUCUAAGCUUGUGCCAUUAUCUGGGUACCUGCUUUGU